AUGGGGUCCCUGAGCCGCGAGGCCUGGGCGCAGCGCCUGGGCGCCUUCCGGGCCAGCCCGUCGGCCUUCAUGGCAGGGCCGGAGGGCGAGGACCUGGGCCGCGACCUCCUGAGCGGCCUGAGGAGCGAGAAGCUGAGCGAACACACCAAGGUGUCCCUGCUGGCCCUGAGCCUGGAGUUCCCGGCCCGCCUGUGGCCCGACGCCCCCGCGGCAGAGGCCGCCGCCACCUCGCUGCUGGACACCCUGGUCCUGCUGCCCCCGCGACCCUCAGCGCUGCGGCGGCCCCUGCUGCUGGCGGUCACCGCCGCCCUGGGGGCAGGGGGCGCGCUGGGCCCCGCCUCGGCCGCCUCCCGCCGCUUCCUGCCCCUGCUGUUCGGGUUGGCCUGCGGGCGCGAUCUGGGCCGAGGCUUCGGGCCCGCCGCGGAGCAGCGCCCCCUGCAGGGCACGGCGUGCGAGUGCCUGCGGGAGCUGGAGAGCUGCAGGCCCGGGCUGCUGGGGGGCUGCCUGGGGCUGCUGCGCGGCCUGCUGCAGGGACAGGAGGGCCCGGUGCAGCCGCUUAGCCUGCUGCUGGCGCUUGCCCUGCGCAAUGCCUUGGUGAUACAGAGCAAGGCCGGGGCCGGCCUGCGGGACCUGCUCACCCCCGUGCUCCCUCCUGCCGUGGGUGGGCCCUGGAACUGGACACUGGCUGCAGAAAGCAGUGGCCACCUUCAGCCCCAGGCCCCCAGCUGGCCGGCCGCUGAGGAAGGGGAGUGUGACGCCACAGCAAUCGAGACCAGUCCUGAGGAGGCCCGGGAGCUGCGGGCGGCUGUGACCCAGCUUCUGGACGCUUCCUAUCUGCUCACUCCUGUGGCCCAGGCCCAGCUCCUGUGGCUGUUGGGCUGGGCCCUGCGGGGCCUUCGGGGACAGCCUCCGGUGCUGUUCAAGCCACAGCUGGUCCGGCUGCUGGGCACGGCACAGCUGGCACUGCUGCACUCUGUCCUGGCCCUCAAGGCGGCCUUCGGGGAGACGUUGUUCACAGCCCAGGAUGAGGCCUUGCUGCUCCGCCGGCUCACCCUGGCCGCCCAGCACCCAGCCUUGCCCCCACCUGCCCACCUCUUUUACCUGCACUGCCUCCUGAGCUUCCCUGAGAACUGCCCACUGGGCUCCACAGGAGAAGAAGCCGCCCCACUGCUGCUGGGGCCCCAGCUAUGCCGAGGCCUCUUGCCCAGUCUCCUGCAUGACCCGAUGGCCCUGCUGGCCCGCCUGCACCUGCUGUGCCUCCUCUGUGCUGAUGACGAGGAAAAGGAGGAGAAAGGGCAGAGUCUGAGCCCCCAGCGCUACUUGGAGGAGCUACUGGCUGGCCUGCGGCAGAGGGCGGCCCUGGAUGGGGGCCCCCGGGCCUUGGCCACUCUCUGCUUCCAGGCCUCAUACCUGGUGGCCCGCUGUCUGGCUGGGCAACCUGCCAUGCUGACAGCCUUGACCCACGGACUGACCCAGCUGUACCUCUCCCGGCCUGCGCUGGCUCCCCAUUUCGUGGACCUCUUGGAUCAAGUGGGCCCAGAGUUGGGGGCACCCCUGAGGGUGCUGCUGCGGCAGGAGGUGGUGUCCAGGCCGGGCAGGGAUGAGGCCCUUCGUUGGCACCUGCAGAUGCUGGCCAAGGUGGCAGAUGGGGACGCCCAGGCUGCCACCCUCAGCUUCCUGCAGGCUGCAGCUGCCCACUGCACAGACUGGGGCCUCCAGCAGGCGCUGCUACAGGUCUGCCGAGCCCUGUUGCGGGCAGGUGUCGGGGGAGGCCUGGUGGACUUGCUGCAGACACUGGCCGGGCAGCUGGACAGCCCUGAUGGGCGGGACCACGCCCGCCUCUACUACAUCCUCCUGGCGCACCUAGCUGGGCCCAAGCUGGGGGUGGCCCUGGCCCCCUCCCUUGCAGCACCUGCCCUGACCUCUUCACUGGUGGCCGAGAACCAGGGCUUUGCUGCGGCACUGAUGGUCCAGGAGGCCCCAGCCCCGAUUCGGCUGAGUGUGGGUCCCCGCAGAGCCGAGGGCCCGGUUCCUGUGCUGCAGCUGCACGUGGAGGUGCUGGAGCCCGUGUACUCGCUGGAGCUGCGCUUCCCUGUGAAGGGGCAGCUUUACGCCCCACUGGGGGCCAUCUACGUGCCCCACCUGUGCCCAGACCGCCCCACCCAGCCUCUGCUCCUGCCCCUGCGGCCCCGGCGCCCCACCCCCACGCACCUGGAGGUCCAUGCCCUGUACACCACACCUGCCGGCCUCACGUGCCACGCGCACCUGCCGCCCCUGUCCGUGAAUUUCGCUGACCUCUUUCUGCCUUUCCCCCAGCCCCCCGAGGGGGCUGGGCCUGGCUUCUUUGAGGAGCUCUGGGACUCCUGCCUGCCAGAGGGCACCGAGAGUCGGCUGUGGUGCCCCCUGGGGCCCCUGGGGCUGGAGGCCUUGGUGUCCCGCCACCUGGAGCCCUUUGUGGUGGCAGCCCAGCCCCCCACUAGCUACCACAUAGCCAUCCGCCUGCCCCCAGACUCCAGGCUCCUGCUGAGGCUGGAGGCAGCCCAGGCGGGUGGCGUGCCUGUGGCCCUGCGCACCGACGACUGGACGGUACUGCCCCUGGUGGGGGACUUUCUCCGGGGGCUGUCGGCUGCUGUCUGAGCCCCAGGGCCAGGCCAGGGGGAGCAGCACCGUCGUCUUGCAGGGUCUUGCCCAAGAGGGACAGGUCACAGUCGGGGGCUCCUUUCCAUAAAACUCACAUCUACCAACAACCCUCUCUGCUGUGUUUUCUUUGGGUCCCUGGUUGGGGACGUGAGGGGGAAUGUGGUCAGAGGCUCCUGGAAAGCUUCUAGACUAGGAACCCCCAGGUUAGAGGUUCCAAGGUCCUUCCUGCCCAGAUAUUCUCCAGAAUCCCUGCCCAGGAGGCAGGAGGAAAACAUAUCUUCCUCUUGGCCCCCAGAGAGGGCCUGGUCCUGCCAAAGGCCACCAGACGUUUGGGACUGAGGCUCUGCUGGCCCAUGGGCCUGCACU